AUGGAAGCUUAUCCCGAAGAAUUUGAAAUUUUGCUACAACAAUCGGAAGAUUCCGUAGAAGAAAAGGUAACUAUAAAUAAAAGAAGUUCAUUAUACCAGAUGACACCAUUUAUGGACGAAAACCGUGUGAUGCGCAUGAACAGUCGUAUUGUAGCAGCUCCGACAACAGCCUACGAAACCAAAUAUCCAGUGUUUUUACCUAAAGAACAUCGUGUAACGUAUCUCCUAGUGCAUUCCUACCAUCGUCGUUUUUUACAUGGGAAUAAUGAAACGGUUGUUAAUGAGUUACGACAACGGUUCCAGAUCCCUCAUUUGCGAGCAUUGGUUAGACGCGUCGGUAAAGAAUGUCAGAUGUGUACAAUAAAAAAAGCUGUCCCUAAACCUCCAAUUAUGGCACCCUUGCCAGCAGUUCGCCUCACGCCAUUCAUUAAACCCUUUACGCAUACUGGCAUAGAUUAUUUCGGUCCGCAGAUGGUUAAACAAGGACGUAGUUUAGUCAAGCGUUGGGUUGCACUUUUCACGUGCCUUACAAUCAGAGCAGUGCAUCUGGAAAUUGUGACCGGCCUUUCCACCCAAUCAUGCGUAAUGGCAAUCCGCAGAUUCAUCGCUCGGAGGGGCGCUCCAACUACCAUUUACACUGAUAAUGGUACUAACUUUCUGGGAGCCAAUAAUCUUCUAAAAGAUCAGAUAAGAAAUGCGCACGAAGGUUGUGCCAGCGUAUUUACUAAUGCACAAACACGAUGGUACUUCAACCCUCCUGCCACCCCUCACAUGGGAGGACCGUGGGAACGACUGGUAAGGUCAGUGAAGACAGCCAUGGAUGCUAUAGCCGAUCAUCCACAACAUCCUAGCGACGAAGUUUUUGAAACAGUGGUACUAGAAGCAGAAUCAAUCGUGAACUCCAGGCCUCUGACAUAUGUACCUCUAGAUGCGGCUGAAUCGGAAGCCCUGACUCCAAACCACUUCUUGCUGUAUGGCAAUAUCGGCAUAAAUCAACCUCAAAAACCAUUGAUGGUUGCAGAUAGGGUUUUGCGAGACAGCUGGAACCUAACACAAACUCUAGUGAACAAAUUUUGGAUAAGGUGGGUUAAAGAGUACCUGCCAAUGUUGACCAGGCGAACAAAGUGGUUUUCACCAACCAAACCUUUGAAAGCAGGUGAUUUGGUAAUAAUAGUCGAUGAGCGUAAAAGGAAUGGUUGGGUCCGAGCACGCGUGGUUAGUGUUAUCACGGCUCCAGAUGGUCAAGUACGUCGAGCUGUGGUUCGUUCAGCUAGCGGAGAGAGUACCAAAUCCGUAACAAAUUUAGCCCUACUGGACGUAGCAGCACCUCCGAUUAGGGUGCCAGGAUGUAAGCAGGAUCCUCCGGAACUACACGGGUGGGGGAAUGAUGGAAAUACCCCUGGGUUAGACGACGUGAGUGGUGUGAGUCCCAGUAGCUCCCUGAAAUGA